AUGAAGAAAAACAAAACUAAGACAAAAAGCGAUGUUCUUCGUGUAGACCAUCGUACUAUUUUGAAAGAAAUUGGACGUAUCGGUCAGUGUCAAGCAGGUUCAGGAAGUCCUUACUGUCGCGAAUGGACUCUUCUGAUCUAUAAAAAACAGCUAAACGGAAAGCAACAAGAACAAUCAGAAAAUAUGCCUGUUCACCUGAACAAUACUAUAUUAGCUGGCAAAUAUUCUAUUCCUAUUGUUGACCCCACACUCAACGAGAACUUGCGAAAAUCUAUCUCACUUGACGUUUUUGACAAUAGUAGUAACGUCGCUACUAUUAUAAACAACAAGAAUACUUCAGCCGCGGUGAAUGAUAUUGUAGAUCAUCUCAAACAAUGCGUAUCUGCUUGUAAACAAUGGUUGCAUAUGCCAAGUAGACUAACGGCACUGCCAGUGCUUUUCCAACAACUUGAGUUUGAAUCUGUUUUACCGACACUGCAACUCCCUUCCAACGAAGGAUAUGCACAGUUACUCCAAAGUCUUAUUUGUGAUCGCCAAGGAGUGUCUCUCUCUGUAGAAAAAUUAUCGUUACUUGCAAAAGUGGAAAGAGUAAGGCAUUCACCAAAGUUCCCUUAUAUCGAUCAAUUGUGUAGCGAUCCAGAUCUUGCUCAAGAGACCUUUUUGCCUCCUGCCAAUUUGGAAGUCGAACGUGCCAUUAUAAACGAAAGUACGACAAACGCUAUCAAAAUGGAAUUAGAAACUUUGCAAUCAAACUUGAAUGUUUGUUGGCAUCACCUAAUCGAUUUCAUGAGUACAGUUGACAAAAUGGGCGAUAGACUGAAUAAUUUGAUCGGGGAAGGUUUAGACAACGCGAUGAAUGAAUUAGUGGCACAACAAGAUAUUGUUCCCUUUCAAACGUUUUGGACUCCUCUUGUACCUACUUUUAAAAAGAAAAAACCGGAUGGAACUACUCCUAUGGCGGAUGAAAUAGAUAAGGCAUUCUUGGGUUAUAUGGACCGAAUCAUGGAAGCUACUGGUGAAUUUUACAAUACAUUGGUGACUUUUCUUGUAACUGACCUUCCUCAAUUUGAGCAGACAUUUUCAGAGGCUGUAAUGACCAUGGUGAAAUCUAUGAAAGGCCGCAUUGAAGGAAACGCAGCUUUUUCGGAACAAAUGCGUCGAUUUUAUGGGGAAAACGGAAUGAAAAAAUUGAAUAUUAAAGACAUUGCCACAGGUCUUAAAGAGCAUAAGGAUGGUAUCAACAAGGUAGUCAAUCAUGUUAAGGAACUGGCGAAAAGUAAGACGAUGGAUCAAAAGGGGGAUGUAGAUCGACUCAAAGAUAUGUAUAUGCAAGAAUCACAACCUACCAUUGGAGGAAGACUCGAAAAAGUCACUCAGAAAGAGUUUCGCAAGCAACUGAAAAAGAUUGAACACCGAUAUCAAACUUUGCGCCAACAUCUUCGUUACGAGUUACAUCAGACUUUAUUUGCUGCUAUCGAUGGGAUUAUCAAGACCAGUAUAGCAUCAAUGCAGGCAUUGAUGAUGGAAGGCGAAAUCAUGGAAGCAAUUACUAUCAAUGAUCGAGUGGUAUUCUUUUGUUCUCAGCACAAAUCAAUGCUAAAGAAGAAGGAUGACUGGCAAGAGAUGUUGAAACACGGUGUAUCCAAAGGACAACAAGAAUUGGCUAAUUUGAUUGCUAUCCUGAUGAUGGCAGAAGGUGGACGUUUAGUAUCUGAUAUCGAAGCCAUCAAACGAGAAUCAGCAUUUGAUUCUGCCAAAGUUGCUACAGUUAGUUCAGCAAAAAAGAAGAAAGAUCGCAAACAGUCAACUAUUUCUGACAUUCCAUCCUCGCCUAUCUUAGUAACCAAGAAGGACUUGCCACCUGCCGAAAAAAAGACUGAAAUGAUGACAUCCUCUGGCGCACCUCCCUCUGAAAAUACUAUCGAUCAACGAUUACCAAAAGAUAAUUCUGUUCCAAAUUCAGUAGAAAUCCCAAUCAACCGAGGAAAAGAGGAUCGUCUAGCAAGCGAUGAUGCUAAAUCCAAGUCAACCACUGAAUCAUGGGUCACAGUGGAAACCACCAAACAAAAAUCAUCUAGCAAGAAAGUUCAUAUAACACCAUCCUGUGACGAUAGCGAUAAAUCCAUGAUAAAUAAGGAUACAUCUAGCAUACAACAGCAGGAACAACAUGAAGAGCAAGCCACAUUUACUGACAAUAACAAUACCAAUGAAUCUACCAGUUCUUCCAAAUGGGCAAGAUCAUCAGCACGUAGAGAACCGACAAGAAUGGAUGAGCGGUCUACUGGAAAUGUCAACAAACAAAGACAAUACAACAACGAUGAUACAACCACGUAUACUGCUAAUUAUGAGACUUCUAAUGAUGAAAAUACCGUUGAGCACAACAUUGUGAACAUAUCUAUCAAUCAACUGAUGACAACUCCUCCAGACGUUGAAAAUAAGAAUAGUUACCAACCUUCCGAUAUACCUGAUACGAACUUUCAAUCCCAACAAUUGCAACAGCAUCACCCUCUGAAUGACUUGAGUCAGAGCCAAUUAGUGGAUAUGGUCCAUAGCCUACGUCAAGAGAAUGAUCAACUAAAACAGUCGUUCAUGUCUAUGCAACAAACAAUGAUGAUGACUAUGAAUAUGGCGAAAGAACGGGAAGAACAGGUCAUCCAGUUGUGCAAUGCUCAAAAACAAGCGGAUUUAGAAGAAGCUCGUUUAUAUGUACUCUCUUUGCAGGAAAGAAUCAAGGAUUUGGAAACUCAGCUCCAAGCAUCUAAAGCACAAAAAUCUACCAGUGCCUUUGUUAAUCAAGAUUUAUUUGCUGAUUAUCGUGAGGGAAUACGAGUGGAUGGCACUGACAAAACAUCAUAUCAUCAUUCACGUCAACAUAACAACUAUCAUUUUAGUCAUCCGCGAGGCCAAGGGAAAAAAGGUUAUUGGAAUAAGAAACCUAUUGUGAAAUGUAGCAACUGUGGCGAAUCUGGUCAUGAAAGUGGUGCAUGCAAGGAUCCUUGCCGAUACUGUAAUAGUUUUAGUCAUCUCUCUGAAGCUUGUCCACAAGCUUGAUCACCAGAACUGGUCCUCGUGCUUUUAAAUUUGAAAAAUACAAUACAUUAAAACUUUAUAUCAAUGAAUUAAAUAUGUUCAAGUUCAAUAAACUCUUAGGAAAUGAAAAGUCUAAGAAAUAAG